CUCGUGCAGGCCCCCGUUGUCCGCACACCUCGUUUUCCACUGAUUUCGUCUUCCCCGCCUUCGCAUCCUCCUGAAUUCUGUAGCUGCAGCAGCCGAGAGUAGGACGAGAAAAUGUUGAGAAGAGUAGCAGCUCAGGCUUCCGCUAAUUAUCGGCGCCUUCUCGCGGCACCAUCAUCUUCUUCACCGGGCAUAUAUAACCCAUUUCGCCAAUGCUCCACUUCCACUCCUUCCUCUUCUUCACAUUCACACACUCCUAAUAGUACUUGCGUCGAACAUUUGGAAGACUCGGCCUGCACUCCGUCGCCAUCUACCAAAAUCUCCAUCGACCGCUCUGGCUUGUACAACCCACCUGAACAUUCCCAUGGCCCGACUUCUGAUUCUGAGCUUGUUAAGCAUCUAAAAGGAAUCAUCAAAUUCAGGGGUGGACCCAUCACGGUGGCGGAGUACAUGGAGGAAGUCUUGACGAACCCAAAAGCUGGUUUCUAUAUUAACCGGGAUGUUUUUGGAGCUCAAGGAGAUUUUAUUACCUCUCCUGAAGUGAGCCAGAUGUUUGGGGAGAUGAUUGGUGUAUGGGUAAUGUGCGCUUGGGAGCAAAUGGGACGACCGGAAAAGGUGAAUUUAGUUGAACUGGGACCAGGGCGAGGAACUCUCUUGGCAGACCUUCUAAGAGGUGUUUCCAAGUUUAAGAACUUUACAGAAUCUGUGCACAUACACAUGGUUGAAUGCAGUCCAGUGCUGCGGAAACUCCAGUAUCAGACCUUGAAAUGUGAGGGUGAGGAUGGGGAGAAACAAAUAGUCAGUACUAUGACUGGCAGUCCUGUAUCUUGGCAUGCUACAAUGGAGGAGGUUCCUACUGGAUUGCCGACGAUCAUUGUAGCCCAUGAGUUCUAUGAUGCCCUUCCUGUUCAUCAGUUUCAGAGAGCUUCUCAUGGAUGGCAUGAGAAAAUGAUUGAUGUUGACGAAAACUCAUCGUUUCAUUUUGUUUUAUCUCCUCGGCCUACACCUGCAACUCUGUAUUUAAUGAAACGCUGCAAGUGGGCUGAGACUGAAGAAAUAGAAAAGCUUUCGCAGGUUGAAAUUUGCCCAAGAGCAAUGGAUUUGACUCAAACAAUUGCUAAAAGAAUAGGUUCAGAUGGUGGUGUAGCUCUCAUCAUUGAUUAUGGAGUCAACGGAAUAGUCUCAGACAGUCUUCAGGCAAUUCGAAAACACAAAUUUGUCAAUAUAUUGGAUAAUCCUGGCUCCGCUGAUCUCAGUGCAUAUGUUGAUUUCACUGCAAUAAGGCACUCUGCUGAGGAAAUUUCAGAAAAUGUGACAGUCCAUGGCCCAAUCACCCAGUCUCAGUUUCUUGGCUCUCUUGGCAUUAAUUUUCGAGUAGAAGCAUUGCUAGAGAAUUGCACAGAUGAACAAGCUGAUUCCCUGAGGACAGGCUACUGGCGUUUGGUUGGCGAAGGUGAAGCCCCAUUUUGGGAGGGUCCUGAUGAGCAGACACCUAUAGGAAUGGGUACGCGGUACUUGGCUAUGGCUAUCAUCAAUACGGAGAUAGGUGUUCCAGUGCCAUUUCAGUAAAUACGCUUAGCCGGAAUACUCAACUCUUCAACUUAGAAUAUGCUACCACGGAUUUGUCUGUAAUUCAAUGACCCACGCCAGGAUGCUAGUCAUAUUUGAAGGUCAGAGUUCUAUCCAUGUUAGUUCUUCCCUGCAUUUCUUUCAGAAAUCAAAAUGCUGUUUCCUGCUGGAUUAUCAAGAGCAUAUUGAUCAAGGAGGUGUGCAGUCUGGGGUAGCAUCUCCAUGGAGAGCUGAUUGCACAAGAGCUUCACUGGUAAAUGGUUCAAAUAGCAGAUUCUACAAGAUUGUGCAGCUUCAUUUCAGGGAAGUUUUGGGUUCCGAAGAUAAAUAGCAGCUUAUACUACUGAAAAUAAAGCUUUUCUUUAACAGACUCAGUAUGGAUGUUAGUUAGGUGUUCGUAUUGUCUUCAGAGUGACUGUUCAAUCUUGGAUUUUUGACCCCCCACAAUGAACGUCCUAGUUAUAUGCUCUUUUAGAAGUCAGCAUAGGGCCAGUUAGUAAGGUAUCUAAAAUGGGAUGGUGUUCUCUGUUUUGACAGAGAUUAACCAGACUUUACCCUCUGAAGAGGCUUACAACUCGUAGUUGGGAAUUAGGUAUCAUUUCAACUCAUUAAUUCCCAAUUGUGAGGGAUGAAAUAGGACCACACAUGUUCAAUUGCGAAUUGUACUA